AUGAAGUAUAAAAUUGAUUUAAUUUUUAUUUAUCUAGUAUUAAUUUUAACUAGUAUUGCAUUUAGUAAAGAUAACCAUAUUAGUGAUGAAACUUAUGAGUAUAUAGAAAGUUAUGAAACUGAAAGUAAUAUUACUUCAAGUGAAGAAAGUAUUAGUUAUCUUCAAGAAACCAGUAAUGAAAAUGAAGAUUACAAAGAUAACGAUGCAGAUGAAAACGAUAAAGAUAAAAAUGAAGGUGAGAUAACAGAAGAGAUUAAUUUGGAAACAAAUGUAAAAACAGAAAAUAAUUCAAUUUCUUUAAAUUUGAAGUCAAAUUUUGAUAAAGAUAAUUUAAAUAUGUUUAAAAUUAAUUUCACAAAUGAUAGUGUUAAAAAGUACGAACAAAAACUUGAAUAUUACUAUUUGGAAGAUGAUGGUCAAACUAUACAUUAUUAUGAAUCUAAUGAAAGUAAGGAAGAAAAUAUGAAUAAACCAACUGACAAAAUUAUUACUACUAUUUUAAUAGAAACUAACAAAAAGCCAUAUAAUAAUUAUCAGCUCAAUGAAGGUAGUUUAGAUGAAGAAAAAGAUUUUGAUAAAUAUAAUAGUGGAUCAUAUGAAGAUUAUUAA